CACUCUCCCCCCGCAAAGGCGGAGGACAGAGGUGCAGCCUGUUCCCAACGCCAAGGGCCCAGCCUGCUUCCUCGGAGGGAGGGACAGGAGGAGGAGCAGGUUUAGGGAAGGGCCGGAUUCCUUCCUUUGCUCGCAGGCUGGGGAGAGAGGAGAACCUCGCCACAGGCACAGGGCUCUUGCCAUGAGGCACUCAGCGUGCUGUUUUGCCCUUCUGCUUUGCUUCCAUACAGCUGCCAUGCUGAGCCUGCUGCGCUGGUGCACAGUCUCUGACCAGGAGUUGGCCAAAUGCAGUGACAUGAGCAAAGCAUUCUCCAGGGCAAACAUCCUCCCUGAACUGGCCUGUGUGAAUGGUGGCUCAGCAGUCAAUUGCACCUCUAUGAUUAACUGGAAUUUGGCUGAUGCAAUGACUGUGGAUGGUGGCACCAUUUACCAAGCUGGGAAGGAAAACGGUCUGAAGCCAGUGGUGGCGGAAGCCUAUGGCCAAGAUGUUGGUACCUCCUAUUAUGCAGUGGCUGUUGUGAAAGCAGAUUCCAAUCUGACCAUCAACCGGCUGAGAGGGGCUAAGACAUGUCAUACAGGGAUCAAUAGAACAGCUGGCUGGAACAUCCCUGUUGGCUUUCUCCUUGACAGUGGUCGAAUGCCGAUGAUGGGUUGCAACGUUUCCAAAGCUGUCAGUGAUUAUUUCAAGGCCAGCUGUGUCCCUGGAGCAGGUGAGAGCGGCCACCCUGCAUCCCUCUGCGAACUCUGCAAAGGAGAUGAAACCGGACAGAGCAAGUGUGAGCUGAACCCCAGAGAGGAAUAUUAUGACUACGCUGGUGCCUUCAGGUGCCUGGUGGAUGGGCCAGGAGAGGUGGCCUUUGUCAAGCACACCACAGUGCCAGAAGCCACAGAUGGCCGAGCUCUGUCCUCCUGGAGCCUCGAGGACUUCCAACUUCUCUGCCGGGAUGGAAGCCGGGCGGCAGUCACCGAGUGGCGGACAUGUCACCUGGCACGCGUUCCUGCUCAUGCUGUAAUCACCAGACAGGACAUGGAAGGAAGUCUCAUCUUUGAACUGCUGAACCAAGGACAGCAAAGGUUUAACGGUGGAGACUCCAGCUUCCAAAUGUUUGACUCAACAGCCUAUGGAGGAAAAAAUCUUCUCUUUAAAGACUCUACCACAGAGCUGGUUCCCAUUAUGGAACAGACAUACCAGGCUUGGUUGGGAGAUGAAUAUCUGCAUGCCAUGCGAGGCUUGGAUUGCGAUCCUAAAAGGUUACCAGAAUUUCUGCGCUGGUGUGUCUUGUCAACAGAGGAGAUCUGGAAAUGCAGCAAGAUGGCCACCGUCUUUAAGAGCCAGAAUCUGAAGCCAGAAAUCCAGUGUGUUUCAGCCCAGAGUCCAGAGCAGUGCAUGCAGCAUAUUCAGAAAAGAGAAAUUGAUGCCGUGGUUUUGGCUGGAAAGGAUAUUUACGUGGCUGGGAAGACUUAUGGUCUAGUGCCUGCUGCUGCAGAACACUAUGCAGAUGGAGAUACUACCAGCACAUACUACGCAGUGGCAGUGGUGAAGCGAGCAACUUCUGAUGUCUUCACUAUCCACGAGCUACAGCAUAAAAGGUCCUGUCACACAGGCUAUGGGCGGAUGGCUGGCUGGAACAUACCCAUUGGCCUCUUGCUGCAAAAGGGAUUCAUUCAGCCCCAGGAAUGCAACGUUCUCAAAGCGGUGAGUGGCUUUUUCUCUGCCAGCUGCAUUCCCACAACUGAGAAUGAGGGCUACCCUGCCAACCUCUGUGAGCUGUGCAUCGGUGACAGCAAGGGAAAUUUCAGGUGCAAUGCCAGCAACCAGGAAACUUACUAUGGCUACACAGGAGCCUUCAGAUGCUUAGCAGACGGUCGUGGUGAUGUGGCCUUUGUCAAGCACAGUUCGGUCUUCGAAAACACAGAUGGUCAUAAUACAGAUGCCUGGGCCUCCAUGCUUCGGUCUGGUGACUUCCAGCUCUUGUGUCCAAACGGUGCCCGUGCUGAAGUUGCCCAGUUUGCUGGGUGUCACUGGGGCCAAGUGCCUCCUCGUGCCAUCAUGGUCCACCCAGACACCAACGCACUGGUUGUGUAUGGGCUUCUGGAUAAGGCUCAGGAUUUCUUUGGUAAGGACAACACCACCAAUGGAUUUAAAAUGUUCAGCUCAGCAGACUUCCAAAAGCAGGAUUUAAUCUUCAAGGAUUCCACUGUUGCAAUUGUGCCAGUCGGGGAGAGAAGAACAUUCAAGUCCUGGCUGGGGCAACCGUUCCUGGACUCUUUAGAAGGUUGGGAAUUCUCCCAGUGCUCAAGAGCUGCAUCCAAGCCUGUGAAUGUUAUUCCCCUACUGGUGACAAUUCUGACUCUUGCAACCAUUUCCUCUGCAUGAUCCACAACUCAGGUACAAUAUAAAAUGCAACCACAAGACUUAAUAUCUUAGGCAAUCAUCAUGAAAUCAAUCAAUGAUUGUGGAAUAUUUUACUUUCCUUCCUCACCAGCCUGCAUACUGUGCAUUCUAUGGAUGAAUUGAUAGGCCAGAUGUUUUAACCAUGGUUUGUUGAGCAAAUCAUAGUGACCUUAUUUGCACAUAAUGCUGAGACAUAAUGGGUGGACUUGCACAUCAUAUAAACUCAAAGGCUAUCAAGCCAUAUUAUGUGGCAGUGUUGUGUGUGAAUAAGGGCCUUCUCUAAACUUGCCUUAUCAUUUGACCUGUCCUAUCUGGGAGAUAGGGCUGUUCUUUUUUUGGCAAGUGUCAUCAGCUGUACUGAUCUGGAGUACUGUAAGAAAGACAAAGAGGCAUUCUUGGUUGAACUUACAUCUACUCGCUUACAUUUGCUUGCAGGGAUUCAUUAUGGUAUGCAAUUCUUUUUGCUCUAGAACAGGACAUUAUUAUGUAUGUUAAGUAACAUGAGAUUCUUGUUGUGGAUUAUAAAGCAUGACGAGUACAAAGAGAAGAUACGCCAGCAUACUGUAGAUGAUCUUCCUGCCAUUUCUGCUUUGGCAGCAAAUGUGGAUAGCCAUACGCCCUUCUACCAAAGGUGGUGGGGGUGGGAAACGUUCACUCCCUGCAGGAUCCAACUUCAAUAGAUAAAACAUAUUGAUUGCAGGAUUCAGAUUACUCUCCUUCACUGAUAUAUGUACUCUGUUUUUGAUUUGGCAUGUUCAAUAAAGUCUUACUUGAUC